AAUCCAUAUUAGAGUUUCCCUUUCCUAUAUCCAACACGUGGGCUUCUCCUACAUGUUAGAAGUGGACCUCCAUGCCCACAUCUUCCUCUAUAUAUAUGCUUACCCCCUCUCUCUCCCCUCCCUAUCAAUCACUCACCUACAAACAUUCUUCUCUCUCUUGCUUUCUUUUCUCUCUCUCUCUCUCCCUAUCUAUCUUCUCAAGCCAACUAUAACUCAAGAACUCUAACACACACACACACACACACACACACUCACCCCUACUCUUUCUUUCAGUGCCAAAAUAGGGAGCCAUGGCCACUUCAACUUCUACUACAACUUCAUUGGUUAAGCCCAAACUUUAUGCUCCGUCAAAAGGUGAGCUGGGCUCUUGUACAAACUCAUUCCCUUUGAGCCAGCCCAAUAAACUACCACCAACCAUAAAAUGCUCUCUCCAAGCUCCCACACUUCAUUUCCCCAAGCAAUCCACCACCACCACAUAUCAAACACCUUCUUCCACUACAAUUGCCGCCCCACAAACUAGCAUCACCAAGUCGAAUUCCCCCGCUUCUCCAUCCAAACCUCAAUGGAACAUCAUUCAGAAGGCGGCGGCAAUGGCCCUGGAGGCAAUUGAGACUGCGUUGACGGCGCAUGAGCUUGACCACCCUCUGCCGAAAACAGCUGACCCCAGAGUCCAAAUUGCUGGGAACUUCUCUCCGGUGCCUGAGCAGCCUGUCAAGCACAAACUUCCUGUCACCGGAAAAAUCCCGGAUUCCAUUCAAGGGGUGUAUGUGAGGAAUGGAGCGAAUCCGCUCUUCGAGCCUGUCGCCGGCCACCACUUCUUCGACGGCGAUGGCAUGAUUCAUGCCGUGCAAUUCAAAGACGGCUCAGCGAGCUAUGCUUGUCGGUUCACGGAGACGCAAAGGCUCAUCCAGGAACGGGCUUUAGGCCGGCCCAUUUUCCCCAAAGCCAUUGGCGAGCUACACGGCCAUUCCGGCAUAGCGAGAUUGCUCCUUUUCUAUGCUCGUGGGCUGUUCAAGCUGGUCGAUCACGGCCAGGGCACUGGAGUGGCUAACGCCGGAUUAGUGUAUUUCAACAACCGGUUAUUAGCCAUGUCGGAGGAUGACUUGCCUUACCACGUGCGAGUGACUCCCAACGGCGACUUGAAAACUGUAGAAAGAUACAAUUUCAACGGGCAGCUGAAGUCCACCAUGAUUGCUCACCCAAAGCUCGACCCGGUCUCCGGGGAGCUAUUUGCCCUGAGCUACGAUGUCAUCCAGAAGCCUUACCUGAAAUACUUCAGGUUUUCAAGAAACGGGGAGAAGUCAGCUGACAUAGAAAUCCCAGUUUCUGGACCAACAAUGAUGCAUGAUUUCGCCAUCACCAAGAAGUUCGUCAUCGUGCCUGAUCAGCAAGUGGUGUUCAAGAUGUCGGAAAUGAUCAGGGGAGGAUCUCCGGUGGUGUAUGACAAGAAUAAACUCUCCAGGUUCGGGGUAUUGGACAAGUACGCAGAGGAUGCUACAAAGAUGAAGUGGGUGGAAGUUCCUGAUUGCUUCUGCUUCCACCUCUGGAAUGCGUGGGAGGAGCCGGAGACUGACGAAAUCGUGGUCGUCGGGUCAUGUAUGACUCCACCUGACUCCAUUUUCAACGAAUGCGACGAGGGACUGAAGAGCAUUUUAUCAGAAAUCAGGCUCAAUUUGAAGACGGGCAAGUCCACCAGAAGGCCCAUCAUGUCUGAUGAAGAUCAAGUCAAUUUAGAGGCGGGGAUGGUGAACAGAAACUGGCUCGGAAGGAAAACCCGAUACGCAUACUUGGCGAUCGCAGAGCCGUGGCCUAAAGUCUCCGGUUUUGCUAAAGUUGAUCUCUUCACAGGUGAAGUGAAUAAAUUCUUCUAUGGGGAAGAGAAAUACGGCGGGGAACCCCUGUUUCUGCCGACAGACCCCAACUCCGGAGCAGAAGACGAUGGCUACAUUCUGGCCUUCGUGCAUGACGAGAAGGCCUGGAAAUCAGAGCUGCAAAUAGUUAAUGCCAAGACUAUGAGCCUGGAGGCUUCUGUCAAACUCCCUUCAAGAGUUCCAUAUGGCUUUCACGGCACAUUCAUCAGCGCCAAAGACUUGGCAAAUCAGGCCUGAUUCUGGUUACCGAUCCAUGUUUCACGGCGGAGAAUUGCCUGAGGGAUGGUUGGAGAUACGUCCCCGGAGUCUCGAAGCCGUUUCCAAGAAGAGCCCCCCUUCUUAAUUCAUAUGGGGUUCUAUAAAUUCCAAUGCAUUUCUCUUUCUUUGGUUUGUUUCUUGAACAUUUUGAUGUGGGAGGUUUUAGGUGGAGCAGCUUGUAGCUUUUGGCUGUAGGUAGAAUGGAAGCUCAGCUGGUUUCUGCUUAUUCUUUCACAUAGUGUGUGUGUAUUCAGACAGUAUACAUAGCAUACGUAUAGGUUUACAGGACAAUACAGUUUAAUAAUGUUCUGUGAAUACAUUAUAUAUACAGGUCUUUUUGUCUUUCCAUGUUA